AUGAAUAAUAGUAUUUACCAUUAUGAUAACAACAACAAAAACAAAAAUACUGAUGAUGAUGGCACUAAUAUAUUAGUUAAAAGACAAAAGCUACACGGUAAUAUAAACAACAAAAAAAAAACAUCAAUCGAGGAUCAAAAUAUAUUAAAAUUUAAAUUCAGCCAUUUAAACACAUUCUACACUUUUCUAAAAUAUAAAACACCCUAUUUACAAUCUAUUUCGUUCAACUAUUUGAAACAGAACCUAGAUAAAAUUAUUGGCAAAAAAUACACAACAAAAGAAUCACUCACUGAAAAGGAUGUGUCCUUAAUUACCAAAAUAUUAAACUAUGACAAUAAUAAAAGCAGCAAUAUACCUAAUAUAGCAGAAUUUAAGUAUAUCGAUAAAGAUCAGUAUGAACUUGACAAUAUGUCUAGAAAAAGUGCCCAAACAUUAUUAACUAACCAGUCCUCAUCAGAUAUUUUUAAACUUGAGGACACUGAGGGUAGCAGUGAGGGCAAUGACAAAAGACUUAUUUUAGUUUUAAAAUUUAAACAAGGAAAUAUAAACGAUAUGAAACAAUUAAAAUCUACGAUUGAACAUAGACAAGAUAUAUUUAACAAAAAUUUGCAAAAGCUACUGACCAAAUAUGAUACUAUUACUGGUUUGUAUAAUUCAACGUGUGUACCCCAGGCACCUAACUUCGAUGAUCCAUUAUCUUUAUUGAAUAAAAAUAAAGACCAUAAAAAAUUAGACAGUAAUGAUAAGAAUAAUAAUGCCGUGUCCGGUUUUAUAUUUGAUUAUUUUAAAUCAAAGGAAAUUUUGCACGUUUUGAAUGCUUCCCCCGCCAACUAUUCUACAAUGGACGACUUUUUACCGAAAGUUAUUCAAGAAUUAUUGAAGCCAAUUGACAAACUAUACAUACAUCAAAAAUUAGCUAUACAGGAUAUCAUUGAAUAUGGGAAAAAUUGUAUUGUCACGACCUCUACUUCAUCGGGGAAAUCUCUAAUUUAUCAAAUUUCAACAUUGUUGUCCAUUUUAAAAAAUCCAAAUAAUUCGAGUGUAUUAUAUAUUUCACCAACCAAAGCGUUAGCGCAAGACCAACAGAGAUCAUUCCAAAAUUUAUUAUCCAAGUUAAAUAAUAUUGACCCUGAAACAUUAACAGAUAAAAAGGACAUGGAAGACUAUAAAGUUUUGAAAAAUUUAAAAAUUGCCACAUAUGAUGGUGAUACUGAUAUUAAAACAAGGAGGAAUAUUAGAAAAGAUGACUUAGUACGAGUCAUAUUCACCAACCCAGACAUGUUGCAUGCAAGCAUCUUACCUAAUCACGUUAACUGGAGACGCAUUCUACUAAAUUUAAAACUGUGCAUUAUAGACGAGCUACACAUUUAUACUGGUCUUUUUGGUACACAUGUAUCCUUUGUGCUAAGACGUUUAAGACGUUUAUUGUACCAUUUAGGUAAUGGUAGUCAGCUUGAUACUAGUAGUGAUGGUUGUAAAUUUAUUGGGUGUAGUGCCACGUUGCGCGACCCCAAUAUGGCAUUUCAAUCACUUUUAGGGUUGCCCUCUAAUUCAAUUUCAGUAGUAACAAAAGAUGGCUCUCCUAGGGGUUUAAAAAAUGUCAUCGUCUGGAAUCCAGAUAUUACAGGAACAACAACAAAUGGCUUUAAAUAUAAAAGAGAUUUUAUUGGAGGGAGUGCCAGAAUUAUAGUAGAAUUAUUGAAAAGAAAUAUUAAGACAAUUGCAUUUUGUUUUGUCAGGCGGCUGUGCGAAUUAUUAAUGAAAGAGGUAAGAACUUUAUUGACUAACGAGAAUAUCCAGGAAACUUAUUUACCAGAUGUUGUUUCUUACAGAGGCGGAUAUUCUACACAAGACCGCCGUAAAAUAGAAAAAGAAUUAUUUCAUGGAAAUUUAAAAUGUGUUAUUUCAACAAAUGCUUUGGAAUUAGGUGUUGAUAUCGGUGAAUUAGAUUGUGUAUUGAUGUGUGGGUUCCCGGUUUCCCUUUCAAAUUUCCACCAACAAAGUGGGAGAGCCGGUAGAAGAAUGCACGAUUCAAUGACCAUUGUAGUGGCGAGCGAUAACCCUGUGGAUCAGUAUUACGUAAAACAUUCUGAGAAACUCGUUUCGAUGGACCCCAAUGACUUGCAAGAUUUAGUAAUUGAUUUAAGUAACUCGAUGGUCUUGGAAAGUCAUUUGCAAUGUGCAGCCUUUGAGUUUCCAAUAACUUUAACCGAAGACGAGCCGUAUUUUGCAAUUACCGGAGAAAAAGACUCUAUAACCAAGUUUAGAACGCUAUGUGAAAAAAAACUACAAAUGUACGAAGGAAAUGAUCCAAAUUUGAUCAAUACUUAUAAUUGUAACAUUAGGUACUUACCAUGGCCUGCAAAAUUCGUUUCCUUGAGAGGUGUGGAAGAAGAUAUGUAUGCGGUUGUUGAUGUUACCAACAACAGAAACGUUGUUAUUGAAGAAAUCGAAGCGUCGAGAACUAGUUUUACAUUGUAUGAUGGUGGCAUUUUUAUUCACCAAGGGUUACCAUAUUUAGUGAAAGAAUUUAAUCCAGACGAGCAUUACGCUAAAGUGCUUAGGGUGGAUGUUGAUUAUAUCACUAGCCAAAGAGAUUUCACCGAUGUGGACCCUAUUGAAAUAGAAAUAAUCAGAAGUUUAAGCAAGAAAAGUGAUGUUCCUGUGUAUUUUGGUAAAAUUAGAACGAAAAUUGUUGUUUUUGGGUUUUUGAAAUUAAACAAAUAUAACCAGAUUUUGGACGUUGUCGAGACUCAUAACCCACCGGUAAUACUUCAUUCAAAAGGUUUUUGGAUAGAUAUACCUAAACGGGCGUUAGAAUUAGUUGCACAAAAGCAACUAAAUAUGGCUGGCGGUAUUCAUGCUGCACAGCAUGCAAUAAUCUCAUGUUUGCCACAAUAUAUAGUUACAGGUGUUGACGAGAUUCAAACUGAAUGCAAAGCUGCAGAAAAGGAGUUUGCUUCGAGGCAAACGGAGAGGGUACGACCAGCUAGACUAAUUUUUUACGAUUCUAAAGGCGGUAGUUCUGGCUCUGGGUUGAGCAUUAAAGCCUUUGAGCAUAUUGAUGAGGUUUUGGAAAACGCUACGGCUAAAAUUGAAAACUGUGACUGUGAAUAUGGCUGCCCGAGUUGUGGUGUUGCUGUACCAUUUUGCAAAGAAAAUAGUUCAGUUCUAUCUAAACAAGCCUGCUUGAUUAUCUUGCAUGUCAUAUUGGGUCAUGACCCAGAUACUUUUUUAAAUAAUAUUAAAGAUGGGCCCGAGGAAAAUAUGCCAUUAAUCCAAGUGGAAACGGUGAAACCGGUGGUGGAUCAUGUAAAAUUUUCCAAUGGGUUUAAAAUCAUCGAGUUUUAA